AUGGAUCGUCAUCACCUAUGUUCUAGUAUGCACGACUGUUUUAGUGCUGCCUGGAGCAGAAUUUCUAGUACUAGUCUCCAGGAUCGCCCUGCUAACCCAUACAUAAUCAACGGAACAGUUGUGAUCGAACAUAGUCCUGGACUAUCAGGUCCUGGAAAAUCAGCUUCACUUCAGCUUUAUAGUUCAACAGAACUCGACCCAAAUAGCAGGAUAGGGAAGCUGAGCGAGAAAGCAUGCCUCAGGCAGGGAAAGAGCAGUAAAAAGGAUGGCACAAAAAUCACAACUUAUAAGAUAAAACUACAUGUGGACCCUGGAUUUGGAAAUCCAGGAGCUUUUGUUAUAGAAAACAAUCACAAGCAUAGAUUCUUCCUUCAAUCUGCAACUCUGGAAACUCCAGAAGAAAAGGUCAUCCACUUUGACUGCCGAUCUUGGGUGUAUCCAAUCAAAAAGACUAACACCAGCCGGGUUUUCUUCUCAAACACGUGUUAUCGUCCAAGUCAAACCCCAGCUGGUCUUGUAGAGCUGAGAAAGGAAGAACUUAAAAGCUUGAGAGGGGAUGGAACUGGGGAAAGGAAAGAAUGGGAUCGAAUAUAUGAUUAUGAUGUCUACGAUGAUCUUGGUAAUCCUCAUAAAGGUCCAGAUCAUGUUAGACCUGUCUUGGGUGGUUCUGAUUCACAUCCAUAUCCUCGCAGGGGAAGAACAGGGUGCCCCGCAAGCAAAAAUGAAACAAUUAACUUGGACACUUAUGUUCCUCCGGAUGAGAGAUUUAGCCCCAAGAAACUAUCUGAGUUCAUCGCGAAUGCAAUCCAAGCCACAGCUCAUUUCCUCCUACCUGAGGCAAAAUCCUUGUCCCAUGAUUCCAGUAGUUUCGAGUCAUUCGACGAGAUACGGGACCUGUACUCUGACAACAGAAGCCAAGUAAUGAGGGGAACGCUAACAGAGAAAAUGAAGAAACUAGUACCAGCUGAGCUUAUCAAACAAGUAACUCAUGCAAGCAAAGAAGACCACAUAAAAUUCCCGCUGCCUCAAAUUAUAAGAGAUAAUGAAUGGGCAUGGAGAGAAGAUGAGGAGUUCGGGCACCAAAUGCUUGCAGGGAUAAAUCCAAUGCGAAUUCAAGGCUUGGAGGAAUUCCCACCUCGAGGAAGACUUCAGGACAGUUCUAUAUGGAAAUCAGACAUAGAGCACAACCUUGAUGGUCUGAGUGUUGAACAGGCAAUGAACCAGUGGAGGAUUUUCAUCCUAGACCACCAUGACUAUCUCUUUCCAUUUUUAGAAAAAAUAAACUCAGGUGGUGUCAGUCCUUAUGCAUCCAGAACAUUGCUAUUUUUAAGGAAUGAUGCCACCUUAAAGCCAUUGGCGAUUGAACUGAGUUAUCCAGAUUCGUCAUACAGCAACGAGAUGAGAAGCGGGGUAUUCCUUCCAGCAAAAGAAGGUACUGAUCGAGCACUUUGGCAGUUGGCGAAGGCUCAUGUAGCAGCUAAUGACUCGGCAUACCAUCAACUCAUCAGCCAUUGGUUGCAUACUCAUGCAGUUGUCGAGCCAUUCAUCAUUGCCACCAGAAGGCAGCUGAGCGUGAUGCAUCCAGUUCACCGGCUGUUGGAUCCUCAUUUCAAAGACACCAUGCAAAUAAAUGCACUGGCUCGGAGUAUUCUCAUAAACUCCGGAGGAAUCCUUGAGAAGACACUCUUUACGGGCAAAUAUUCCAUGGAAUUGUCUUCUGAGCUUUAUAAAGAGUGGAGAUUCGAUGAACAAGCUCUCCCCUCCGAUCUUGUCAAGAGGCGCAUGGCCCUGGAAGACCCAGAAAGCCCCACUGGGGCUCAAAUCCUCUUCCAAGAUUACCCCUAUGGUCUGGACGGUCUCGAUGUAUGGCUGGCCAUCGAUACAUGGGUGACAGAUUUCUGCGACCUCUUCUACGAAGAUGAUGAUUCUGUGAAAUCUGAUACGGAAAUCCAGGCAUGGUGGUCAGAAAUUCAAAAUGUCGGUCAUGGUGAUAAGCGCAACGAGACAUGGUGGUACCAAAUGACUACCAAGACAGAUCUUACAAAGACUUUAACAACCCUCAUAUGGAUCUCAUCAGCCCUUCAUGCAUCAGUGAAUUUCGGACAAUAUGCAUAUGCAGGUUACCCUCCAAAUCGUCCCACUCAGUGUCGAAAGUGCAUUCCAGAGGAAGGGACGAUGGAGUUUGCCGAAUUCUUAAAAGAUCCAGACAAGUACUUUCUCAACAUGUUACCUGAUAGAUUUGAGGCAACCCUUGGUAUAGCAUUAAUGGAGGUCCUCUCACGGCACACAUCUGAUGAAGUUUACCUAGGUCAGAGGGCAACAUCAGAAUGGAUUGACAACAACGAGGUCAAGCAGAAAUUUGAGAAAUUCAACGAAUCUCUCCAGGAGAUAGAGAAGCAAGUCAUGGAGAGAAAUCAAGAUUCAAAACUGAAGAAUAGGCGCGGGCUGAUAAAGAUGCCGUACAGACUUCUCUACCCUGAUGCAACUAAGGUAGAAUUCAGAGAGGGCAUCACAGGAAAAGGGAUUCCUAAUAGUGUAUCCAUAUAAGUUAUUUAUGAAGAAAACAUAUA